UCCAACGUUGUACCAAAAACCAAGGAUCCCAUUCUCUCUCUCUCUUCUCUCCAUAUUCAUCUUCUUCUUCUUCUUCAAUCUAAACUUCAAUCUCUUCUUACCACAAAACAACAAUGGCGAAUUCGGUGUCGGGAAUAGCUGUGAACGACGAGUGCAAGCUGAAAUUCUUGGAGCUGAAGGCGAAAAGGAACCACAGAUACAUUGUGUUCAAGAUCGACAACAAUGUCCAGCAAGUCGUUGUCGAGAAGGUGGGCCCGCAGGGCGAGUCUUACCAGGACUUUGCCGACAGCCUCCCGGCCAAUGAGUGCCGCUACGCCGUCUACGACUAUGACUUCACCACCGAUGAGAAUUGCCACAAGAGCAAGAUUUACUUCAUUGCAUGGUCACCAGAAGGGGCAACAGUGAGAACAAAGAUGCUGUAUGCAAGUUCAAAGGACAGAAUCAAGAGAGAGUUAGAUGGGAUUCAAGUUGAGUUACAGGCAACUGAUCCAAGUGAGAUGAGUUUGGACAUCAUCAAAGAAAGAGCUUAUUAAUUUAUUAUUAUUAUUAUGCUUUCUAUUUAUUUAUUUAUUUCCAAUAUAUUUCCCAUUUUUUUUUUCUUUAAAAUACUUUUUUUUUAAUUGUUAUUUGUAAUUUUCAUCGUACUAUUUAUUAUGUCAUAACACAAACUAUAGUUGAUGAUGGAUCAUACUAUCACCUUAUUCCUAUUAAGAUAUUUCUUUUGAUUGGAUAUUUUUCUUGUCUUUCAUUAUGUUUUGAUUUGUUAAAUUAGCUUUCUUUCUUUUAAAUAAAUUUUGCAAGGAGUCGAUCAAAGAAAUUUGAAUUUCCGACCUCGUUUGUAAUAUGUGAAGUUAUGGGCAAC